AAUAUUCCAAAUCCAACUGUAUCCUCUCCUCUCUCUGUCUCUGUCUCUCUCUCCUUUACACCUUGUCCCGCGAAUCUCGCUUUCUCUUCACCGAAUUUUUAGUUCACAAGUCAAAUUCAUUGAAUUUUCCCUUCCCCAUUUAUCUUGCUCUGCACAUGUAGCUCCGAUAUAGAAAAUACAAGGGAAGGGAGAGAGCUAACCAAGAUUUCGCCUGCAAUGGACGGCGCCGGCGAGGUGGCGCUACUCGACUUGGUGCAGCAAAUCUCUAGCUUCUCUGGUGGAGGCAAUGGCGGUGAAGAAGUGCCGUCGUUUAAGAAGGAUUGCACGGAUCUGGUACGUCGGAUUGCGUUGUUGACGCAUUUACUCGAGGAGAUUAGGGACUUCAAGGGGGAUUCUCAGCCGUCCGAUGCGUCUAUUUUGUCUGAUUGGGGAUCCGAUCUGCUACUGGCGCUUCAGGCCGCCAAGCGCCUACUAUCGGUUGCGAGUUCCUACAGCUCUAACACCAAUUCUGAUGGAGCUGGCAAGAGAAUUGCUUUCCAAUUUCAAUGUGUGACAUCCAAACUGGAGAAAACGCUUGGCAACAUACCAUACGAACAAUUUGAUAUCUCGGAGGAAGUUCAAGAACAGGUUCAAUUGGUGAGAACGCAGUUGAAAAGAGCUGCAAAAAGAUAUGGGUGUAGUAAUGCGAAAAUGAUCUCUUAUGCCGUAUCCCAGCCAUUGGACAGAAAAUUGGAUCGGUUAGAAUCAAGCAAGAUGAUUGAGCAUAGUGCCAGUAACAACCACGAAUCUCCAGUGAAGCUAGACAUGGUUCCCAAAAGUAAUGUUCCUAAGAGCCGAGGAGCAGAUCAGAUGGUUCAUAUACCUGAAAGUGCAAAGAGCUUGUUUACAUCGUCUUAUGCCUCUUUGUCAAAGGACAUUGAUGCUGCCAACCAAGAGAACUCAUCAAGUACAAAUCCAGAGGAAGUAAAAACACAAGAUGUACUUGUAAUCCCUGAUGAUUUUCUAUGCCCUAUUUCUUUGGAACUAAUGAGGGAUCCUGUUAUUGUGGCAACUGGACAGACAUAUGAGAGAUCUUACAUUCAAAGAUGGAUAGAUAGUGGGAAUGCAACAUGCCCAAAAACUCAGCAGAAGCUAGAAAAUUUAACACUGACCCCCAAUUAUGUUUUGAGAAGUCUAAUAACUCUGUGGUGUACUGAGCACAAUAUUGAGCAGCCAACUGGAUUUUUUAAUGGGAAGAUGAAAAAGAGCGACGGAUCUUUUCAUGAUGUUAGUGGUGAUAUGCAAGCCAUCCAAACACUAGUUCGCAAGCUCUCAAGCAGGUCAGUUGAGGUGCGUAUUGCUGCUGUGGCAGAAAUCCGAUCGCUAUCCAAGAGAAGCACAGAUAACAGGAUACUCCUGGCAGAAGCAGGAGUGAUUCCAGUUCUGGUCAGCCUUUUAACUUCAGACGACAAUGUGAUACAGGAAAAUGCAGUUACUUCCGUUCUUAACCUCUCCAUAUUUGAAAAUAAUAAAGGCCUUAUAAUGCUUGCUGGUGCUAUUCCUUCCAUUGUCCAAGUCCUGAGAGCUGGAAGCAUGGAAGCAAAAGAGAAUGCUGCAGCAACCCUUUUUAGCUUGUCACUGGCAGAUGAAAACAAAAUAAUCAUUGGUGCCUCAGGUGCAAUUCCUGCAUUGGUAGAAUUGCUCCAAAAUGGAAGUACCCGUGGGAAGAAAGAUGCUGCGACAGCAUUAUUCAAUCUGUGCAUAUAUCAAGGUAACAAGGGUCGGGCUGUAAGGGCUGGGAUUAUUACGGCACUGUUGAAGAUGUUGACAAAUUCAAGAAACUGCAUGGUUGAUGAGGCUCUGACUAUAUUGUCAGUUCUUGCUAGCAACCAAGAGGCCAAGGUUGCUAUUGUAAAGGCUAGCACCAUCCCUGUUCUGAUAGAUCUUCUGAGAACAGGUCUGCCACGCAACAAAGAGAAUGCAGCUGCAAUCUUACUUUCUCUGUGCAAGAAAGAAACUGAUAAUCUUGCCUGCAUUAGUAGGUUAGGUGCAGUCAUACCCUUGACAGAACUUGCUAGGAGUGGCACGGAGAGGGCCAAGCGAAAGGCCACUUCAUUGUUGGAACAUCUUCGAAAGUUACAGCAGCCGUAGCUGCUCAAGUGGAAGCAAAGAGCUAUUCUAACUUUUUCUAUUUCUUUAAUUUCUUGAUUCCAAUUAUUUGGCUGCGAUUGCCACGCCUUACCUACCUUUGGCCUGUGAACUGAGGAUGAAAGCAUGAGAUACAAAGCCAUUCUCAUUGCCUUCUUUGUAUUUAUUCCAUUUGAUUUUUCUUUCCCACAUGUAAAAAGUACAUUUGAUCUUUCAAUUUCAUCUGUGAAGAAUGCAUUUCCUUAA